AUGUUGUUUAGGGUUUGUUCUGAUAAUAGGUUAUUUCCAGAGGCGGUUAGGGUUUUUGAUUAUGUGGAGGAAAAGGGGUUCGUGAUAGAGGAGAGGUCUUGUUUUGUGCUUUUGCUUGCUUUGAAGAGAUGUGGUGAGAUUGAGUUGUGUCUUAGAUUCUUCCGCCGGAUGGUUGAGUCUAAUGGAAUUGAAAUUAGGGUUCAGUCUUUGACACUUGUGAUUGAUGGCUUGUGUAAGAGAGGAGAGGUUGAGAAAGCUAAGGAGUUGAUGGAUGAGAUGGUCACUAAAAGCAUUGUGAAACCGACUGUGUUUACUUACAAUAAGAAAGGAUCGAAACGUGAUCGUUGUGGUUGCAAACCUACCAAAGAAGAUGUCAAAAGAUGCUUCAUGUUGGAAUUUGACAGAUCUGCAUUCAUCAUUGCUUCAACAGCAACUGAAGAAGAAAUGUUGAAGUGGUAUAAUGAGCAUGUUGUGUGGGGUGAUAAAGAGUUGAAGAUAAAACUGUUGAGGAAAGGAAUAUUGACCCGCAUAUACGCUCCCACGGUCAUAAUACAAAGUUUGAGGGAAUCCGGAGUAUUCAGCUCCAUCAUUGCAUCGGCGCCAACACUUUCCAAAGACAAGUUCUUGCAUUCAAUUGAUAGUAGCAAUUCAACAAGAGUUGUUGCCUCUAUAUUCCACUCAUCCAGAAAAGUUGGAAGAAUCAAAGAAUCUCAAGCAACUGCAAGGAGGAUUACUGGUGUUGUUGUUUCUAAAUCUAUUAUAAUCUCUUUAGUAACUGCUACUGAUGUUGUUAUUGGUGAAGCAACUGUGAUUGUGAUUGGAAACAAUGUUACAAUUUUGUAUGAUGCAUCUAAGGUGUUUGAUGAAAUUUCCGAUAGAACUUUGAUCUUAAAAGUUUCUGGUUUGUUAAGAGGGGGUUUAAAUAUUGGUGAAGUGGGCUGUCCUCCAGAUGCAAUUUCUUAUAAUAAUAACUACGCCAAUGUGCAGCUUAUUCUAGAGUGCUUAUGUAAUUGUGAUUAUUUUGAUCUGCAUAACUUGUUAAUUUUGCUGACGGCAAUGCAAUGUGUUUUCCAGAUUGCCGAGAUAACUCAUGUUGAUGCGGUAUGGCCUGGUUGGGGUCAUGCAUCAGAGAAUCCUGAGCUACCAGAUGCAUUAAAAGCAAAAGGAAUUGUAUUUCUUGGGCCUCCUGCAGUAUCUAUGGGGGCAUUGGGAGAUAAAAUUGGUUCAUCGUUGAUCGCUCAAGCAGCCAAUGUGCCAACCCUUCCAUGGAGUGGUUCACAUGUAAAGUUUUUCUCCCAUUGGACUACUAAAAUGAAAAACUUUGAAAACAACAUUGGAUCUCUGAAUGUGAAGCUUACAGAACAACAGUUGAAGGAAAUAUCUGAUGCAGUCCGUGUUGAGGAAAUUGCCGUAAAUUGUCAAGUUGUUGGAUACCCUGCAAUGAUCAAGGCGUCUUGGGGUGGUGGUGGUAAAGGCAUAAGAAAGGUUCAUAAUGAUGAUGAGGUAAGGGCAUUGUUCAAGCAAGUUCAAGGUGAAGUUCCGGGAUCACCUAUAUUUAUAAUGAAAGUUGCUUCCCAGAGCCGGCAUCUUGAAGUCCAACUGAUUUGUGAUCAGUACGGAAAUGUUGCAGCUUUACACAGCCGUGAUUGCAGUGUUCAACGAAGGCAUCAAAAGAUUAUUGAGGAGGGUCCGAUUACUGUAGCACCCCCAGACUCCAAGAUCUCAUCAAUUAGCCUAUUGGAGAUAAUGUGA